GUUGAACGCCAUUUGCAUUGAAUUAGACUGAAGUGAACACAAAAAGCCAUUCAUUUGUGUCAAGUGUUGUCCACAGAAGUGAUUGAAUUGUGUGUCUGUCUGGCGAUCACUCGAUUGGGUCCACCGGUGGUCCUACUGAUGAUCAAAGCGACGAACAAAUAAGCAGUGAAUGAAAGGUUGUCUGAAGAGAGUGUUGAGUGGAUGUGAUGUCAAUGUCAUACUCGACGACCACUGAAGGCAUCACUCAAUCGCGACCUCAAGUCAACCCAUCUUUGUAUUCGUCACAUCCAUCACAUCCCAACCCAAACGCAAUGCCAGUGUCGGCGCCACAGGAGAAGACCCUUCUAUGGCAGCAGAACCAGUACAUGGACUCCGGGGUCCACUCGGGGGCCACCACUCAGGCGCCGUCCAUCACCGGUCGCGACGACGACUUGGAGUCGGACGCCAUGGCCUACGACUGGGACCCGAACUUCGGUGAGGCCUUCAGCGAUGAGGCGGUCGAUGAGAUGAACCAACAGCUGAAUCAGACGCGAUCGCAGAGAGUGAGGGCCGCUAUGUUUCCCGAGACUCUGGACGAGGGAAUGGAGAUCCCGUCGACUCAGUUCGACUCAACACAACCCACGGCUGUCCAGCGGCUGUCAGAGCCGUCGCAGAUGUUGAAGCACGCGGUGGUGAACCUAAUCAACUAUCAGGACGACGCAGACCUGGCCACCCGUGCCAUCCCGGAGCUCAUCAAACUGCUGAACGAUGAGGACCAGGUGGUCGUGGGACAGGCGGCUAUGAUGGUCCACCAGCUCUCCAAGAAGGAGGCCUCCCGUCACGCCAUUAUGAACUCACCACAAAUGGUGGCCGCGUUGGUGAAGGCUAUGUCGCAGUCCAACGACUUGGAGACCACUAAAUGCGCGGCCGGUGUCCUCCACAACCUCUCGCAACACAGACAGGGAUUACUCGCUAUCUUCAAGUCGGGCGGAAUCGCAGCUCUCGUGAAGCUCUUGAGUUCACCGGUCGAGUCGGUGCUCUUCUACGCCAUCACAACCCUUCAUAACCUACUCCUACAUCAAGAGGGCUCCAAAAUGGCGGUCAGACUGGCCGGUGGUCUCCAGCGGAUGGUCACUCUGUUGCAGAGGAAUAACGUGAAGUUCUUGGCCAUUGUGACGGACUGUCUGCAGAUCCUGGCGUAUGGCAACCAAGAGGGCAAACUCAUUAUACUGGCGUCGGGAGGGCCGGCAGAGUUGGUGCGCAUCAUGAGGUCAUACACUUAUGAGAAGCUCUUGUGGACCACUUCCCGAGUGCUCAAAGUGUUGUCCGUCUGCGCGAGCAAUAAGCCAGUGAUCAUCCAAUCGGGAGGAAUGCAGGCGUUGGCCACACACCUGAACCACCAAAACCAUAAACUGGUUCUGAACUGCUUGUGGACUCUUCGCAACCUAUCGGAUGCGGCCACCAAUCAGACCAAUCUUCAGCCUUUAAUGCAGAGCUUAGUUCAGUUGUUGAACACAUCGGACAUAAAUGUGGUGACGUGUGCGGCCGGCAUACUGUCCAACUUGACGUGCAAUAACCAGAACAACAAGACUAUUGUCUGUCAAGUGGGAGGCAUUGAGGGUUUGGUGCGAACCAUAAUCAACGCGGGCGACCACGAAGAGAUCACUGAACCGGCUGUCUGUGCGCUCAGACACCUGACCUGCAGACACGCCGAAUCAGAAAUGGCUCAAAACGAUGUCCGCCAUCACUAUGGUUUGCAAGUGAUCAGUAAACUCCUGAACCUCCCGAGCCGUUGGCCAUUAAUCAAAGCGGUGAUCGGUCUGAUCCGUAAUCUGGCGCUCUGUACGGCCAAUCACGAGCCCCUCCGAACUCACGGCACUAUUCCACGUCUGGUGCAGCUGUUGACCAAAGCCUAUCAGGAGACCGGACAGCGAUCCAGUGUUGCCUCCAAUGGCAGCCAAUCGAGUGCUUUCACGGAUGGCGUCCGGAUGGAGGAGAUAGUGGAAGGAACUGUCGGUGCUUUGCAUACCUUAGCUAAGGAUGUGCAUAAUCGGGCUGUGAUUCGCAGUUUGAAUGUAAUCCCCAUUUUCGUGAAGUUGUUGUACAGUGAAGUGGAGAACAUCCAACGCGUGGCCGUCGGUGUGCUCUGCGAACUCGCCAAUGAUAAAGAAGGUGCUGAGAUGAUCGAGGCACAGGACGCCACGUCUCCUCUUACAGAACUAUUACAGUCUCGUAAUGACGGAGUGGCCACAUAUGCGGCGGCUGUGCUCUACAGCAUGUCUCAGGACAAGUCCCAGGACUACAAGAAGCGUCUUUCGAUGGAAUUAUCGAAUUCCUUAUUUCGAGAAGACGGCGCCAAUUGGGGCACUAAUGCCGACAUCGAUAUGGGAAUGUUGGCCGCAGACGACACCUUCCACGACCCCAUCUAUCACGGAAGCCAAGGACCGUCUAGUGUUCACUCGACCGGCAGUCGUAAUCCAUACCACACGGGACCAUAUGAUGCACAGGGUCUCGACCCCCUGGGCCCACACGGAGGUUAUGUGCAUUCGGUAAUGUCUGCAAUGGACCAGCCCAUGGAUAUGGGAGAACCAACUGAUCUCAACUUUGAUGCACUUGAAGGGGCACUAAAUCCUAUGACUCCCCACCAACAGCAGCAGCAACAA